AGACCGCGACAGAGGGACAAAGCGCCAGUAAACAUGUCUCCUCCGUCUCACUUCGACUUCAUUGAAGCCAGAGAUAAAUUUACGGUUGCCACUAAAAAUGCGGUUGAUACCAGGAACUGUAAGCCUCUGACCACCGCUUUCAGUCAUCUUCCUGGAAACGAAACGGAGAAAAAGGCCACACUUGAUCAAGCUCUGCGUGGAGUUCUGGAAGAGCAGAUAGUGAAUCAGAAAGUGAAUGUUGACGACUUCCUUUCUUUAAUCUACAUCAGUAUUGAUGGUGUGACUGAAGGCAUCUGCUCUGCUACCACUCCUUUCCUUCUGCUGGGAGAUGUGCUGGACUGUCUGCCUCUGGAUCAGUGUGACAAAAUCUUCUCCUUUGUCGAAGAAAACGUAUCUACUUGGAAGUCUAACACAUUUUACUCUGCUGGGAAAAACUACUUGUUAAGGAUGUGCAACGACCUCCUCAGAAGACUCUCUAAAUCUCAGAACACGGUGUUUUGUGGACGAAUCCAGCUGUUUUUAGCACGUCUCUUCCCCCUGUCGGAAAAAUCAGGACUAAACCUACAGAGCCAGUUCAACCUUGAUAACAUCACAGUGUUCAACAAAAAUGAGCAGGACAGCACACUGGGACAGCAGCACACAGAGGUUAAGGAGGAAGGAAUGGAUGUGGAGGAGGGAGAAAUGGGGGAUGAAGAUGCUCCUGCUCCAAGCUCCAUUCCUAUUGACUACAACUUGUACAGAAAAUUCUGGACCCUGCAGGACUAUUUCAGAAACCCUGUUCAGUGCUACGACAAGUUCUCCUGGAUGACUUUCAUUAAGUAUUCAGAUGAGGCGCUAGCCGUCUUCAAGAGCUUUAAACUGGAUGACAUGCAGGCGUCGAAGAAAAAGCUGGAGGAGAUGAGAACCUCUUCUGGAGAUCAUGUCUAUUUUGCCAAGUUCCUGACCAGUGAGAAAUUGAUGGAUCUUCAGCUGAGCGACAGCAACUUCAGAAGACACAUUCUCCUGCAGUACCUCAUCCUCUUCCAGUAUCUCAAGGGCCAGGUCAAGUUUAAGAGUUCCAGCUGUGUUUUGAAUGACGAUCAAUCUUUGUGGAUCGAGGACACAACCAAACUAGUCUAUCAGUUGCUGAAAGAAAUCCCUCCAGAUGGGGACAAGUUUGGAUCAAUGGUUGAACACAUCCUGAACACAGAGGAAAACUGGAACUCUUGGAAAAAUGAAGGCUGUCCGAGCUUUGUGAAGGAGAGACCCGCAGAGACUAAACCCAUCCGGCCCAGCAGGAAGAGACAAGCACCAGAAGACUUCUUGGGGAAGGGCCCUGAUCGCAAAAUCCUGAUGGGAAACGACGAGCUCACGAGGCUCUGGAAUCUGAACCCCGACAAUAUGGAGGCCUGCAAGUCAGAAAACAGGGAAUUCAUGCCGUCACUGGAGGAUUUCUUUGAAGAAGCCAUCGAACAGGCAGAUCCAGCAAACAUGGUGGAGGACGAAUACAAAGUCGUGCGAAACUCAAACUACGGUUGGCGAGCGCUGCGCCUGCUGUCCAGGAGGAGUCCGCACUUCUUCCAGCCCACAAACCAGCAGUUCAAGAGUCUGGCCGACUAUCUGGAGAACAUGGUCAUCAAACUGGCCAAAGAGCUGCCCAAAGACAUUCCUUCUGAGGUGAUUAAAACCGGAGAGGAGGAUGAUGAUGAGAAUGGAGAUAACCUGCUGAAGGACAGUAAUGACAGUCCCAGCAUUCAAAGCAAAGCCGUGACCAACAGCCAAAUGGACGAAAUCGCAGCAAAGCUCGGCUCCCAGUGGAAAACACUGGCGGAUCAUCUGGAAAUGAGUGACAAGGAGAUCAGAGUGAUCGAGUCGGACAGCGAGGAUGUGGAUCUACAGGCCAAAAUGCUCCUGGUGGCCUGGCAGGACCGAGAAGGCUCCCAAGCAACGAUGGAGAGCCUGGUCACGGCCCUGAACGCAGCCGGUUUCAACAACAUCGCAGAUAAUCUGAGCGAAACAUAACGAAAGCGUCUCCUUUUGGUUUUAAACUGUUUUAUGUGUGCUUCUGGAAUAAACCAUCAUUUGAAAUGAA